UUUGACUCUUUUCAAAGGAGGCGAUCGCGCAAUUUUCCAAUUUUUCAGAAAUUUGGACAAAUUCUAAAAUAUAACUUAUUUCUGACAUUCUUAUCAACAGUAACAAAUAUGCCGUGUCUGAAUGUUUCUUAGGCAUGCUGUGGCCGACGUAUGCCAAAUUGCAAUCCGCUGUAGAAUUGUAAUUUUGUCAGUUUGCAGGCCAACUGUGGGUUUUAUUGAGCGAAGGUUUUCUUCAAAAAUGUCGAGUAUGAAAUUUGCAAUAUCGCUUGUCUGCCCUGAAGGAAAUCAUGAUCCAAUUAAGCUUCCUCAUAGAGAACUUGUCUAUGUUGGUAGAUCACCAGAUACUCGCAUUGUUGAUCCAAGAUGCUCCAGAAAACAGCUCCAAUUAACAGCUGAUCUGAACAGCGGAGAUGUGCAAGCUGUGCAGUUAGGUCAGAACAGUUCGGCUCUAGAUGGUAUUGAGAUGAUUAAGGAUAAAGUAUACACAAUGAAACCAACUUCUACACUACAUGUGCUCACUGGGUGCUUUCCGCAGAAACUUGAUGUGAAGAAGUUGAAGGUAGAAUCAGAUGAUAAAAAACACAGACACAAAUCUGCCUCAGAUGUUGAAACAACGAACCAUGAAAGAAGUAAGCACCGAUCAUCAAGCUCCGGUUCAACUCCGAAAAGUUCUGGUACAUCAUCAUUGAAAUCAUCUGGUUAUGGUUCAUCAUCAAACUCAUCACUUUCUGGUUCAAAGUCAAAAUCAUCAAGUACGGAUUCAUCAUCGAAGUCUAGCAACAAAAGGCCCUCCUCUGGUGAAAUUAAUAACAGUGCUGCAAAAAAGCCUAAAUUGAAUGGUGAUGGACAUUCUGGCAGGAAAAGUUCAUCAAAAGAUUUUGCAGAAAAUGACGAUGAUAGUGAACAUAUGAAAGAUGUCGCAGCAAAAUUACAGCUUCUGAAAUCAAGUGCAAAAAAUAAGAAGACUCCAACUAAAUCCUCAACUUCUUCACAUAGAGAGUUAAAAGCUCCAGAAAAUCCUGCCAAACAAGAGACAUCUACUACCAAGAAUGGUCCAGUAUCCAAGGGUCCAGCCCCGGAGUCGAGAUGGGAUCAGUAUGACACAUUGUACGUCUUUACUGCAAAAGGACUUGAAAGUAGGAGAAAGGUUGCAGCAUUUGAUAUAGAUGGUACAAUCAUAACAACACAGUCUGGCAAAGUGUUCCCAACACAUCCAGGUGAUUGGAGACUUGUGUAUUACAAGGACAUUCCGAAAAAAUUAAAGAAGUUGCAUGAAGAAGGAUAUAAAGUCGUAUUCAUUACAAAUCAGAUGGGAGUGUCUAGAGGUAAAACCAACAUUGCUGAUUUGAAAUCCAAGUUUAUAGAUUUAGUGGAUGACAUAGGAAUUCCUAUUCAGAUCCUGGUAUCAACAAAGAGUGGUCUGUAUAGAAAACCUUGCCCUGGAAUGUGGAACUUCCUCACAGAAAAGUUAAAUGGUGGAAUUGAAGUGGAACUGUCACAGAGUUUUUAUGUUGGAGAUGCUGCUGGCAGACCUAAAGACUGGGCACCUAAGAAGAAAAAAGACUUCUCUUGCAGUGAUAGGCUGUUUGCAUUGAAUAUUGGUAUAGAGUUCAAGACACCUGAAGAAUAUUUCCUUGGUUACCCAUCAACAAAAUACAGCAUGCCAGAAUUUGAUCCGAGGAAAAUCAGUCCAAAAACACAAUUAUUGGAUCCAGCAGAUGCUAGACUAACUUCAGGAAGCAUGGAGGUUAUUCUGCUGGCUGGGUUCCCAGCAUCUGGAAAAUCAUUCUUCGCAAAGAAAUAUCUUGAGCCUAAAGGAUAUGUUGUUGUAAACAGGGAUACACUUAAAACAUGGCAAAAGUGUGUAGCAUUAUGUAAGGACAGCCUGAAGAAAGGAAAAAGUGUAGUUGUAGAUAAUACUAACCCAGAUGUGGAGUCAAGAGCAAGGUAUAUACAGGCAGCAUCAGCCAGUGGGGCGCCUUGUAGAUGUUUUGUUUUCACUACUUCAUUUGAACAUGCAAAGCACAAUGAGAGGUUCCGGGAGAUAAUUGACAAGACACAUGAUGCAAUCAAUGACAUGAUUAUGAACUCCUUUAAGAAGAAGUAUGUCCUACCCGAAAAGAAGGAAGGUUUUUCAGAAGUUGUGAAAGUGAACUUUGUUCCGAAAUUUAAAGACCCUAAAUUAGAGGAACUUUAUAGAAAAUUUCUUCUAGAAAAGUGAUAAUGAUCCAGGAUAACUGUCCAUUGUGAGCUGUUUUGAAAACUAUUACUGUCAGUGAUAGGGAAGAAAGAAUAAUACCUUGAAGAAGUUGUCGUCUUUUUCCAUCUGUGAAGAAGUUAUUGAAUAUUUAUGUUGAUGAAGACAUUGAAUAUUCAUGUUGAUGAAGCUAUUGAAUAUUCAUGUUGAUGAAAUUAUUGAAUACUCGUGUCUAAUAUUGUCUGUGGUGCCAUCUGUUCAUGUAUAAACAUGGGAGACAAGUUGCUACAGAUGAAAGAUAGCUUUGUGUUCCUUUUGUUAUGAAAUUUCUGUCCUGUCUCAGUUUAUAUAUCAAGACUGUGGCACAGGAUUUUAACAGUCUGAGUAGGAAAGAACUGCACAAGAAGAAAAUAGAGUUGAUUGUUAGAGUUUGCUUUUAGAGAAUUUUACAUUGCAUUUUCUUUUGGGCAUUAAGCUAGACUUAUGGUUCAUGUAAGGUAUUUGCAAAUGAAACUUUCAUUUUGGAAUUUUACGCUUAGUAGACCUUUGUCAUAUACACCUGGGCCCGGUUGUUCGAAACUUUAACCGGCUGUUAAACUAACCUCCGGUUAAAUUUUGAUUCAAAAUACUAGGCUUGGUGGGACACACUAGUAUGAUGUAUGAAGCUUAAAAUAGAAAAACCAAUAAACAACAUUUCUCAAGAACCACUUGAUGGAUCUUCAUCAGACUAUGUUGCAUCCUUGUAUAGACCUCAUUCAAUUUUCUUUAAAUGAUACUGCUUCACCUCUUAGCUAAAACUAGAAAUACUUUCAGACAACUUUAUAUUUGUUUACAAAACUUGAUCUGUAGCAUCUAAGAUUCAAGAUACAAUAUGUCUUGACAUAUUGCUGGUAAAAUGGUCCUAGUCAGAUGAGCUACUUGGGGCCAUUAUGGCCAUCUUGCUUUAAUUUCGUGUACUUUCUGAUUUUUACCGGUAACUGUCAUAAGUUCAGCUUAACUGAAGAUGUUUAAUAGCUAGGACUCAACAAAAAUUUCAAAUAUUUGGGUGUCUCUUUACUUGGGAGAGGGUCUUCAUUUUGGGGAGAGUUUGCUUUUAUCAGCUAUUGUCCAGAUUCUUCUGUGUUAAAUUGGUGGUUAGAAGACGGCCUUCUUGCCUUCUGUAAUUACUAUAUGGGUUUGAGAAUUACAUUACUUGAAAAUAAAAGUUGAAAAAGUAA